CAAGUGAACAGUUUGCAAGUUAGAGUUGGCAACUCCAGAGGCUUUGAUAAAGUUGACCUCUACAUCAUCAGGGAUAAAUGUGUAUGUUGUGAGUGCUUAAGAUGCUGUGGGAGGAGAGACCCAAGGCCUCGUACUGUUUGGCUUGGCCAUCCAGAGAAGAGAGACCAGAGAUACCCUCGCAAUGUCAUCAACAAUCAGAAAUACAACUUUUUUACGUUUCUCCCUGGGGUAUUAUUUAACCAGUUCAAAUACUUCUUCAACCUUUAUUUCUUGCUUUUGGCCUGCUCUCAGUUUGUCGUUGAAAUGAGGCUUGGCGCACUUUACACAUACUGGGUUCCUCUGGGAUUUGUGCUUGCUGUUACCGUCAUCCGAGAGGCGGCGGAGGAGAUCAGAUGUUACAUGCGCGACAAGGAAGUGAACUCGCAGAUCUACAGCAAGCUCACAGCCAGAGGGACUGUGAAGGUGAAGAGCUCUAAUAUACAAGUAGGCGACCUCAUCAUUGUUGAAAAGAACCAGCGGGUCCCUGCUGACAUGAUCUUCCUGAGGACGUCGGAGAAGAAUGGGUCUUGCUUCCUUCGCACUGACCAGCUGGAUGGUGAGACAGACUGGAAACUGCGGCUGCCUGUUACCUGUACUCAGAGACUGCCAACCGCUUCUGACCUACUGCAAAUUCGAUCCUACGUAUAUGCAGAAGAACCCAAUAUUGAUAUACAUAAUUUCGUGGGGACCUUCACAAGGGAGGACAGUGACCCUCCAGUAAAUGAAAGUUUAAGCAUAGAAAACACCCUAUGGGCCAGCACAGUGAUUGCAUCAGGUACUGUUGUGGGAGUUGUUCUCUACACUGGAAGGGAACUGCGCAGUGUGAUGAAUACUUCAAACCCAAGAAGUAAGAUUGGUCUUUUUGAUUUGGAAGUGAACUGUCUUACCAAGAUCCUGUUUGGGGCUCUUGUGGUAGUCUCGCUUGUCAUGGUGGCCCUCCAGCACUUUGCUGGCCGUUGGUAUCUUCAGAUCAUAAGAUUUCUCCUUCUGUUCUCAAACAUCAUUCCCAUUAGUUUACGUGUGAAUCUGGACAUGGGGAAAAUUGUCUACAGCUGGGUGAUCCGCAGAGAUUCCAAAAUCCCUGGGACUGUGGUUCGGUCCAGCACUAUUCCUGAGCAGCUGGGGAGGAUAUCCUAUUUGCUUACAGACAAAACAGGAACUCUUACACAGAAUGAGAUGGUCUUCAAGCGACUCCACCUGGGAACGGUAGCUUAUGGCCUGGACUCCAUGGAUGAAGUGCAGAGCCACAUAUUCAGUAUAUACACUCAGCAAUCUCAGGACCCACCUGCUGUGAAGGGCCUUACCUUAGCCACCAAGGUGCGUAAAACCAUGAGCAGCCGAGUGCACGAGGCAGUGAAGGCAAUCGCGCUGUGCCACAACGUGACACCAGUGUACGAGUCCAACGGGGUGACGGAUCAGGCUGAAGCCGAGAGACACUAUGAGGACUCCUGCAGGGUAUACCAGGCCUCCAGUCCUGAUGAGGUGGCCCUGGUACAGUGGACUGAGAGUGUGGGUUUAACGCUGGUGGGCAGAGACCAGUCCUCCGUGCAGCUGAGGACACCGGGUGGCCACAUCCUGAACUUCACCAUCCUCCAGAUCUUCCCCUUCACUUACGAGAGCAAGCGCAUGGGGAUAAUUGUUCGGGAUGAAUCAACAGGAGAGAUCACCUUCUAUAUGAAGGGGGCUGACGUGGUGAUGGCUGGGAUCGUGCAGUACAAUGACUGGCUGGAAGAAGAGUGUGGUAACAUGGCUAGAGAAGGCCUGAGGGUUCUUGUCGUAGCCAAGAAGUCUCUGACGGAAGAGCAGUAUCAAGACUUUGAAGCACGCUACGUCCAGGCGAAGCUAAGUGUGCACGACCGCUCCCUGAAGGUAGCCACAGUCAUCGAGAGCCUGGAAAUGGAGAUGGAGCUGCUCUGUCUCACCGGUGUGGAGGAUCAGCUGCAGACGGAUGUCAGACCCACCCUGGAGACGCUGAGAAAUGCUGGCAUUAAGGUGUGGAUGCUGACAGGGGAUAAGUUAGAGACAGCCACAUGUACAGCCAAGAACGCGCAUCUGGUGACACGGACACAGGACAUCCAUAUAUUCAGACUAGUGACUAACCGUGGAGAAGCCCAUCUAGAGCUGAACGCCUUCCGCCGGAAACACGAUUGCGCUCUUGUUAUUUCUGGCGACUCUCUGGAGGUGUGUCUGAAAUACUAUGAGUACGAGUUCAUGGAGCUGGCUUGCCAGUGCCCUGCCGUCGUGUGCUGCAGAUGUGCUCCGACGCAGAAGGCCCAGAUCGUGCGAUUGCUCCAGGAAAGGACUGGCAAACUCACCUGUGCAGUAGGUGAUGGAGGGAAUGAUGUUAGCAUGAUUCAGGAGGCUGACUGUGGUGUUGGAGUUGAAGGAAAGGAAGGAAAACAGGCAUCGCUUGCGGCUGAUUUCUCUAUCACUCAGUUUAAACAUCUGGGUCGUUUGCUAAUGGUGCAUGGAAGGAACAGUUACAAACGGUCUGCAGCUCUCAGUCAGUUUGUAAUCCACAGGAGCUUGUGCAUCAGUACAAUGCAGGCUGUUUUCUCAUCAGUAUUUUACUUUGCUUCAGUUCCUCUCUACCAAGGCUUUCUCAUCAUUGGGUACUCCACAAUUUACACAAUGUUUCCAGUGUUUUCUCUAGUCCUGGACAAGGAUGUUAAAUCUGAAGUUGCAAUGUUGUACCCAGAGCUCUACAAAGAUCUUCUUAAGGGACGACCAUUAUCAUACAAAACAUUUUUAAUAUGGGUCUUAAUAAGCAUCUAUCAAGGUAGCAUCAUCAUGUAUGGAGCACUCCUCCUCUUUGAAUCCGAAUUUGUCCACAUUGUUGCCAUUUCUUUCACAUCCUUGAUUCUCACCGAGUUACUGAUGGUGGCGUUGACGAUCCAGACGUGGCACUGGCUCAUGAUAGUGGCUGAGCUGCUUAGUCUCUCCUGCUACAUAGCUUCUCUGGUCUUCUUACAUGAGUUUAUUGAUAUUUAUUUCAUUGCAACUUUGUCGUUCUUGUGGAAAGUCACCGUCAUCACUCUGGUGAGCUGCCUUCCCCUCUACGUCCUGAAGUACCUGAGACGAAGGUUUUCUCCCCCAAGCUAUUCGAAGCUCACGUCCUAG